AAAAUAUGGCAAAGAUUAUACACAAUUAGUAAACGUCAACCCCCCAAAGAAAGGGUUUCAACAAAUUCAUAAAUUUGUAUUUAUAAGAAUUCUAUGGUUUUAAGACUUUCAUUUCAAUGGUUUCCCUUCUCAUGGAAGCACUAUGAGAUACCUUUUUGAGUCCAACGUGAAAACAUCCAAAGUUUUUCUUCUCAUUCAUAUCUUCUUAUGUCUGAUUUGCUCACUUCAUGCCUUAGACACACUUAAACCUGGAAAGCGUUUACAUAGUGAUGAAACAUUGAUUUCAGCCGGUGGGGUGUUCGAGCUUGGAUUCUUCACGCCCAGCAAAUCAAACAGUGAGCAUCUGGGAAUCUGGUUCAGGAAUGACAGAAACCAAAAACCGGUCUGGGUUGCCCUCAGAGAAAUUAGUUUCAUCAAAUCCACUGGAUUUCUUACCAUACAGUAUGAUGGGAACUUGGUGAUAAGCGAUAUACUGACGGUUACAAAUAUCGUAAACAGUGGAGCAUUAGCAACAAGCAAUGAAACAAGUGCAAAAAUUCUUGAUACAGGAAAUCUAAUUCUAAUGGAAAGAGGAAAAACCAUUUGGCAGAGUUUUGAUUACCCAACCGAUACACUUCUCCCUGGAAUGAGCUUGGGGUGGUUUAACAUGAACACAGAUCGCUUUAGGAUGAGACAUCUAACAUCAUGGUUAAUCCCUUCUAAUCCAAACAAAGGUGAUUACUCUCUAGGCAUUGAUCCAUCAAACAUGACAAAGUUCAACGUCUGGCGCAAAGAUGCUUACCAGCAGAUUGGAUUUUGGGAUGGCCGUGUUUUCAGAUUCUUUUUCCAACCCUUAUUAGCUAAUCACUACAAUAUUAGCUUUGAAUCAAACACCAACGACAGUUAUCUUACUUUCAAUAAGGCAGGAAGUAAUAUACUUUCCUGGUUUGUUUUAGAAUCAGAUGGGACCAUUAAAGAGUUCAACAUGGUGGGUGAAGAGAUUUCAAGUGUGAAUCAUUCUCUAUGCGAUGCCACGUUACCACGCAAUUCUACAGGCUGCUUGGUAUUGACACCGAUGACAUGCAAAGAUGAAGAUUAUUUCACAGAUAUCAGAGGAUUUCUCCCGAAUUCAAUGGUUGUUAUCUGGCCAGCUAGUUCAGGUACCGGUGACUGUGAAUUGAUGUGCAGGAGCAACUGUUCAUGUGUUGGAUACGUUUUCUUGGUUGACGACGGAACUGGAUGUAAACUUUACUAUGGUAAUAAAGAUGAUCUUCUGAAAAACAUAGGCAGAGGAAACAACACAGUUUUUGUGCGCGGAGAUGCUUCAAAAUCUGACCAUCAGAAAAAGAGGAAUCUACUAUUGAUUAUCAUCGUUCCACUGACUUCCUUGACAUUGAUAAUUUUGACCAAGUUCUUGUACACUUUUCCGAGAAUCAAAGGGAGCCCAGGAGGCAUGGAAGAAGUUCAGACAUCAUUAGCUUCCCAAUUAAGAACUAGCAAUGAUCAAAACAGGGAAGGAGUUUUUGAAUUCAGCAUAAACAAGGAUCAUGAGCUUCCCCUGCUCAGCUUUUCCAGUGUAAUGGCAGCCACUGAUAAUUUUUCUCUUUGCAAUAAGAUUGGAGAGGGUGCCUUUGGACCUGUUUAUAAGGGAAAGCUGCAAGGGCAUAAUAUUGCAGUUAAAAGGCUUUCAAAACAUUCUAGACAAGGACUGACAGAGUUCAAGAAUGAGUUGCAGUUACUCUAUAGGGUACAGCACAGAAAUCUUGUUAAGCUUUUGGGUUGUUGCAUUGAGCAAGAAGAAAAGAUAUUAAUCUAUGAGUACAUGGCUAACACAAGCUUGGAUUCUUUCAUCUUCGGUUUGUAUAUUCGUUGUUUCCUUUUCCGUUUCGAUUUUUUUUUUUUUUUUUUUUUUUUUUUUAAGUGUAUUGAUUUAUCUCAUGCGGUUGAAUAUGAAACUGAGGCAGAUCCAGUAAAGCGAUCACUGCUCGAUUGGAGAAAACGCAAACACAUCAUUGAAGGGAUUGCUCAAGGACUUCUUUAUCUUCACAAGUACUCAAGAUUAAGAAUUGUUCAUCGUGAUCUCAAAACAAGCAACAUCUUAUUGGAUAACCAUAUGAACCCCAAGAUAUCAGAUUUUGGCCUAGCAAGAAUUCUUUUUGAGAAUGAAUGUCAAACAAAAACAAUGAGGGUUGCUGGAACUUAUGGCUACAUGUCUCCAGAGUAUGCAGUACAUGGCCUGUACUCAAUAAAAUCUGACGUAUUUAGCUUUGGAGUUAUUUUGUUGGAGAUUGUGAGUGGCAGAAAGAAUGCGACCUUUGAUGUGCCUAAUCAGUCAUUGAACUUACUUGGAUAUGCUUGGGACACAUGGAAUGGUGGACGAUGCAUGGAGUUAAUGGAUCCAUCAAUGGAUGCUUCAUGUUCAGUGGAUGAUAUAAUGCUGUGCAUUCAGGUGGGUCUGUUGUGUGUUCAAGAAAGUGCAGGGGAUAGGCCAACCAUGUCAGAUGUGGUUUCAAUGUUCAGCAACGAAAGGAUGAAUUUACCUAAGCCAAAACAACCUGCAUGUUAUACUAUUCUAAAACCGGCAGAUGGUUCAAUCUCUCAAAAUCUUGUAACAAUUUCAGUAGUAGAAGCUCGAUGAUACAAAGAGUGCAACAUGUAAAUUAAAAAUUUUGCCAAAUUGUAGUUGCUCUGAUUCAAUAGGUUAAUGGGGUGACUGAAAUAUAACACCUUACAGGUCGGUCAGCCUCCUAAUAUCCAAAAUACUUGUGGUUUCCAGCUCACACAUCAAUUUCAUCCUCUUGCAAAAGUGCUAACCAAGUUAUUUUAGAAAUGCUAAGCCCACAAACAGAUAUAAUAUUAAGGUGUAGUCGAUGUACAUUCUACAAACAUAUAUAUAUAUUCAAAAAAAAA